GAUGUUGAUGAACAUCCUGCACCAACUCAAUUAAACGAAUGUGCAGAAGAAUUUCAAACGUCUGGACCAGCUCAUGCGAUUGCAGAGGAGUUGAAUGGGGAAAGUUUGGACCGUGUUUGCGGUUGUUUGAUAAAAUGAGUCACUGACCGGGCCUCACAUCUGCAGAAGGAAUUCCAUGACUGGUGUGAGUGUGGCGGCAGAGAGGUGCAACGUGUGUUUGAGACUGGGUGUUUUGGAGUUUUGGAGGUAAAUAAAGGUUGUGGGAAGGACAGACUCCAUGACUCAGGAAAAGAAGAAAGGAGGCGUCCUUCCACCUGAUGGAGGGUGGGGAUGGAUGAUCGUGGCUGGCUGCUUUGUGGUAACUGUUUGCACCAGAGCUGUUACGAGAUGCAUCUCCAUAUUCUUCGUUGAGUUUCAGAUGCACUUUGCAAGAGAUUACUCUGGGACAGCAUGGAUUCAUUCAUUAGUGGACUGCACAACCAUGCUGUGUGCUCCACUCGGAAGCCUGAUCGGGAAUCGGUUGUCAUGCCGUGUAGCUGUAAUACUAGGAGGAUUCCUGUCCUCCAUAGGUUUAGUCCUCAGCUCCUUCGCCACCAGUCUGAAAUAUCUUUACCUUACCCUGGGAGUGUUAACUGGGCUUGGCUUUGCCCUUUGCUACACUCCUGCUAUUGCCAUGGUCGGUAUCUAUUUCUGUGAGAGGAAGGCUUUGGCCUAUGGCAUUGCCAUGUCUGGGAGUGGCAUCGGGACCUUCAUCCUUGCCCCAGUAGUGCAGCUGCUAAUCGAACACUACUCGUGGCGGGGGGCCCUCCUUAUUUUAGGAGGCUUUGUGUCUAACCUGUGUGUAUGUGGAGCUCUGUUACGGCCCAUCAUUCUAAAAGAAGAGGAGGCCUGUCCACUUCCAGUGGACUCCGAGUGCGAGUAUGGUGUUAAGCCACCCACGGUGAACAGCGUUCCUACAGGGAAGGCUGUGGGAGAUAAAUUAGAAUUAGAUGCUAAACAACGUUGUUUUCAGUCCAUGCAGGAAUACCACUUUUUGCUCAUGCCUGACUUCCUGGUGCUGGCAGGCUCCUUCCUGUUGCUGGCCAGUGGGUGCAGUCUGCCGUUUGUGUACCUAGUACCGUAUGCGCUGGAUGUAGGUGUCGGUCAUCAGCAUGCUGCCUUCCUGAUGUCCAUACUUGGGGUCAUUGACAUCAUUGGCAACAUCACAUUUGGCUGGCUCACUGACAGGAGAUGUCUGAAGAAGUACAGGAAUAUAUGCUACAUGUUUGCUGUGGGAAUGGAGGGACUAUGCUGUCUUUUUAUCCCCCUCUUACACACAUUUGUCUUGCUGGUACCAUUCUCUGUGCUCUAUGGGUACUUUGAUGGCGCCUAUGUUGCCCUCAUUCCUGUGGUAACGUCAGAUAUUGUAGGGACAACAUACCUCUCUUCAGCUCUUGGGGUUGUGUACUUCCUCCACGCUGUUCCCUAUCUGGUCAGCCCACCCAUUGGAGGUUGGUUGGUAGACACCACAGGGACUUAUACGGCAACAUUCUUUCUGAGUGGGUUCGCCCUGAUCUCCAGUUCUCUUCUGCUGUUCUCAGUCGCUGUCAUUCGUCGUUGUCAGAGAAACCAAAAGAACAGCCUGAGCAAAGACCCAAAAUUGGUGUCAUGUGAAGACAAACAAGUAGACUAUUAUACUUCUAAAAAAAAAGACUUGAUGAUAAUUAUACCAGCCACUUCAUAG